UUUUUCCUCUUUCGAUCUUUCCGUCAUCUGACUUCUAUUUCACGCUGGAAGGUUAUUGAUGUUAUUGGAAUGGUUGUAUUUGCAAAUAUUCUUUAUCAACGCAUGAUUUCUUCAGAACAACAUUAAUAUGAUUCCUCAAAAGGAUUCAUAUCCAUUGAAUUACAGAAAUUACAAUCAUCUCUUCAAUCAAACAUGCUGUGUACUCUAAAGAAAUUGCAUACCACUAACCUCAACUACAAUCGAUGUCUGAUUCUCUAUUCAGCUGCUAGACAGGCAGCCGCGAAACCGGUGACCCUAGAGAAGGAGUCGAUCAAAAAUGUCAAGAGCCGACCAGUGCAGAGGCAGGGCCUGUGUGAAACGGUGCCCAGCUCUGCAGCACUGGGGUCCACUGGACCCCCGGGGUCCCCUGGAUCGGAGGAAGCGGACCUGUUGACCACUCCGCCCCGCCCCGCCGCCGUAUGGCAGGAGGCCCACCUCGAUCUACGCUCUUUGCCGCAGCAGUAUAUGAAACUAUCGAAAGUGCGUCUCAGUGCACUGGUAGUGAUGACGUCUAUGGCCGGCUACGCAAUGGCGCCGGCCGCGUUCGACCCGAUGACGUUUGCGUUGACGUCGGUGGGCACCGGCCUGCUCUCCUGCUCGGCCAACGCUGUCAACCAAUACCACGAGGUGCCCUUCGACGCGCAGAUGGCGCGCACGCGCAACCGGCUCCUCGUCUGCGGCAAUAUCACACCGUUGCACGCGCUCGGAUUCGCAGCCGUUUGCGGGACAGCGGGAGCUUCGCUGCUGUACUACGGCGUGAACGGACUGACAAUGUCGCUGGGUCUCACCAACCUCGUGCUCUACACACUCAUCUACACCCCACUGAAGCGAGUCAGCAUCCUGAACACGUGGGUUGGCUCGGUGGUGGGGGCGUUGCCGCCCCUCAUGGGGUGGGCCGGCUGCACUGGGGGCAGCCUGGAGGCGGGUGCUUGGGUGUUGGCCGGGGUGCUCUAUGCCUGGCAGUUCCCGCACUUCAACGCGUUGUCGUGGAACUUGCGGCCUGAGUACUCGCGUGCUGGCUACCGCAUGAUGUCGGUCACCAAUCCAGAGCUAUGUCGCCGAACAGCCCUGAGAUACACAUUGGCGAUAACAGCCCUGUCCUGCUCAGCUCCAUUGGUUGACCUUACCAACACCUGGUUUGCUCUCCAAUCUCUCCCACUCAACUUGUAUUUCUCACAUCUUGCUUGGAGAUUCUACAAGGAUUCAGAUAGUGCAUCCUCAAGAAAGCUAUUCAGAUUUUCACUUAUUCAUUUACCUCUGCUGAUGCUGCUUAUGCUUGCCAAUAAGCAUAACUGGAGCAAUUCAAAUACUGAAUCAGAGACGACGCCCAUCGAAACCAAGCCACAGCCACUUAGAGAACUGGACAUCGUCGUGACCAGAAAAAUUGUAGAUAAUGUACUUUGAAUGUAGGUUGAAUAGUGAGUGAUUCGUCACUCGCAAAUAUGACAUUUAUUAUUUGUAAAUAGAAUCUUUUUGUUAAUUCUAUGUUGAUUUCUUGAAAACUUGAACCCCAAAAAUAGUACUUUGUAGUACACCACAAUAACCAUCCUUAUUCUAACUCUUAUAAUUAUGUAAUAUAAUUAAUAAUUUAAAUUCAAAUUCAUCAAUUUGAAUCACUUUUCUUUAGUUUAUGUAUGAUGUUUUUAUUUAUGGUAUAAAAAUAAUUUAUCUAUUUUACAGUGCACAUCAACUUAUUAAAACUGUAAUCAAUAAUUCCAUGAAGUUUCAAGAAAUUGUGUUAUCUAAUUUUGUUGAUUGUAUACUAAUUGUUGUCUAUUAGUAUUAUUUAUUAGUAGUUGUGUACAUAAAAAUAUGUGUAGCAAAACAACUUCUGAUUGGAAGCAAUUGAAAGACAAAUGUGAGAAUUUGUUUGAGAAGAUUGAAUUGUGUAAAAAUGAUUCUGGACUACUAACAUCUUAGUAGUUCUGUCUUAUGAUCAAAUUGAUUAUAUUGAAAAUAUCUUCUCUGUAAAUAAGUUAUGGCAAUUGAAAUGUAAAUUAAUUGCAUUAAAUUAGGCUGUGCUUAUUGAUUCAGUUGAAGUUAUGAAUAAAUGUUUGAGAAAAUUGA